CCUCCUCCUCCUCUCGCAUUGUGACCUCGCCGGUUGGUAUUCGUUUGAAAACUACUCUCGCCACUGCACAGCCGUCCACCAUGGCUCGCUUUCCCGCACAAAGCCGACCCGUCCACGCGACUUCCUUCGUCAGCCAUCCCGCUCCCGCGUAAGUAAAAUCUUCCCAGUGACAACUCCAUGACAUCUGGGCCAAAUCCUCCAUCAUCGAUCGUGCAACAAUGAAGAAGCAGAACGGGAGCACACGAGCAGAGCAGAGCAGUGGACUAACCAUGGCCUCAAUUAGCGAUUCGUCCAACUUUGACACCGCCAACCCGGCUUACAUCCGCAAAUAUCUCCGCACCUAUGGCUUGACGCCCCCGCGUGCCGAGUCAUACGAGACCCAGAAGACUCGCUGUAUGUGCCACUCGGCCUCUGGUCGCGCGACCUCACUAACAAGCGCGCAGGCUUGGCUCAAUUGGCUCUUAAGCAAACCGUUAUCGACAAAUUCCUUUACCUCAGCACUCUCCGCAAGAACAAUGUUCACCUGUUCUACCGUCUGGUCACGGAUCACCUCAAGGUAAGUUAGUUCGGAUAGGGACGCUGCGGACGAAAACAACCCGUUGACUGACAUGCAUUCAGGAAUUGACCCCCCUCAUCUAUACCCCCGUCGUUGGAGAAGCUUGCCAAAGAUGGUCUGAGAUCUACCAACAGCCGGAAGGUGAGUAAUCCCCGGAUCCCUCCCUGUCCACGACGUGAAACCGGGCGCUAACGAUGCACCCCGCAGGUAUGUAUCUGAGCUACGAGGACCGGGGCAAUCUGGCUGCUGUUAUCGCCAAUUGGCCCCAGCCCAACGUCGAGAUCACUGUCAUCACCGAUGGUUCCCGCAUC